AUGCCUCGCCCCAGGCAUAAUACGACAUCGCUACCUCGAGAUCUGCGACAAGAGCUCGGCAUCCGUGACCGAUUCGGCGAGCAGAAGAACAAGCGGAACGAGAAAGCCCGCAAAGACCUUCGGCGGGAGGAGCGCGCGGGGAACAAGCGCGGUGGACCGGGAUCGAAGAGAAGCGCUGGUGUCCGCAGUCGCGACUAUGACGACGAUGAUGAGGACGACUUUGAUGGGGACUUGGGCGAAUCUGACGAAGAUGAAGGAAAUGUCAUGGCAAAGUUGAAGGCUGCAAAGCAGAAGAAGGAAAAGCCUAACGUCAGCUCGAAGAAGUCCAAGGGCGGUGAUGCGCAAGACGAGAAAGUUUUGGAAGUCCCGCGGAAGAAGGUAUCAAAAGCAGUGCAGGACAAGCUGGAACAAGAUGAUGCGGAGAUUGCUGCGCUGGAGAAAAAGCUUGGUCUGAAGAAGGGGAAGGUUCCUAAAUCGUUCGCGGGGGAUGGAUUGGACGAGUUGCUGGGAGACUUGGACGAAGGGUCUGCGGAUGAAAACAAGAAGCGCAAGCGGGAGGCGGAUGACUGGCUGCAGAAGAAGAGAAGGAAGGCGCAGGGCUUGCCUGUUGAUGAACCUGAAGAGUCUGACAGCGAUGGAAUGAGUGACGAAGAUCUAGAAGACUUUGACGAUGACGAGGAUAUGGAUGGGUUCGACGAGGACGAGGACGAGGAGGAUGAAAGCGAAGAAGAGCAGCCCGUGCCGAAGAAAAAAGAGAAUCCAUACGUUGCGCCUGUUGCGGCAACCGAGGACAAGCCAGGAAAAUAUAUUCCUCCCUCAUUACGAGCAGCCUCAAAUUCUGAGUCCGAGUCUCUCACGCGAUUAAGAAGACAGGCGCAGGGUCACCUCAACAAGCUGUCUGAGGCCAACCUCAUCUCCAUCCUGGCGGAAUUCGAAAAGCUUUACCGUGAAUAUCCUCGCCAAAAUGUAACGUCUACGCUGCUUAAUCUACUUUUUGCGCUCAUCUGCGAGAGGUCUGCGCUUUCGGAUACGUUCAUUAUCCUGCAUGCGGGUUUCAUCGCUGCUGUGUACAAGGUCAUGGGAUCGGAUUUUGGCGCGGAAAUCGUUCAAAAGAUUGUGGAAACUUUUGACGCUGGCGGAGAUGAAAGGGGCAAGUUUGAGGGCAAGGAGAUGAUCAACCUGAUCUCGCUUCUCUCGCAGCUCUACAACUUCCAUGUCAUUGGAAGCACAUUGGUCUUUGACUAUAUCCGGCUGUUUCUGCAGGACAUUAAUGAGGACAAUACCGAGCUUCUUCUCAAGGUCAUCCGAAACUCCGGACCCCAACUCCGACAAGACGACCCAUCCUCCCUCAAAGACAUCGUCCUUCUCAUCCAACCCGCCAUCGCGAAAGCCGGCGAAGCCUCCCUAUCCGUGCGAACAAAAUUCAUGAUCGACACAAUUACAGACCUCAAGAACAACCGCCUCAAAUCUGCCGCCAACUCCACCAUCGCCUCCGAGCACAUCACGAAGAUGCGCAAGAUCCUCGGCUCCCUCAACAACUCCCGCGUCAUCCGCGCCUCAGAACCCAUCAGCAUUUCCCGAAGCGAUAUCCACAACUCGUCGAAGAAGGGCAAAUGGUGGCUUGUCGGCGCUAGCUGGAAAGAAGAUCCUCUUGAAUCUGCCCGCCAGGAACUCUCCUCACUCCCUCAGUCCGCCUCCAACCAACCCACCGGGGUGGACGACGACGACAGCGAUGCCGAACCGGAUUACGCCUCAAUCGCUAAGGCACAACGCAUGAACACUGAUGUCCGCCGCUCCAUCUUUGUGGCUAUCAUGUCCGCGAACGACUACCAGGACGCACACGUCCGCCUGCUCAAGCUCCGCCUCAAGCGCGCACAAGAAUUCGAGAUUCCUCGCGUCCUCACCCACUGCGCCAUGGAAGAAGAUGCGCAUAACCCUUAUUAUACGCUGAUCGCGCGCCGGCUGUGCGGAGAGCUCGGUCGCCGCAUCAAAGUCUCCUUCAUGUUCACGUUGUGGAAUAUCUUCAAGCGCAUGGGCGAGUCAGGGGACUUAGACGACGAAGAUGACGACGAUUCCGGUGCUCACGGCGAAGAUGAAGAGAACCCACUCUCCAUGAAAGCCAUCGUUAACUUGGCAAAGAUGUACGCUUCUCUAAUCGCAGAUGGCACUCUCACACUCGGCAUCUUGAAGACCCUCAACUUUGCGUACCUGCAGCCCAAGACAAAGACAUUCGUUGAGCUGCUCAUGAUCAGCAUCAUCCAGCAGUCCCAGAAGCAGCAGAAGAAGAAAAAGUCCAGGUCCAAGGGCGAAGAAGAACCAGCUCUCAAUGAACAACCCCUCGUGGAGAUCUUCAUGAAGACUCGGGAUACGCCGCAGAUCGUCAAAGGAUGUAUUUACUUCCUAAGAAAGGUUGUUGCGAAAACCGACAUUGUUGCUUCGGAGAAGGAGGCCGUCAUGGUGAAAUGGGGCGUUAGGGUUGCUGUUGAUGCACUGAAGGUUGUGGCGUCCGAGGAGGAUAAGUUCUCAUGA